ACCGCAUCCAACAUUCCAAUCGUUGCCCUGGUCGGCAAAAGCACCGGCCUCCACGUUGUUCUUGUUAUCUACCUUGUUGACCUCCCCGUCCAGCUCCCCUUCUUGCCUGCACUUGCUCAGCCCGCGUCGUGACAAGGCUCUUUCUCUCCCAACCACCGCGAUGCUGUUCAAGCACCUUCUCUCGCUAGCCGUCUCAACAAACCUUGCUCUCGCUGCUCCACUUACCUCGAAGCGUGGAGUCGCUUUCUCCUGGGGGUCCGAGAAGAUCUACGGUGUAAACAUAGGUGGAUGGCUAGUACUCGAGCCGUGGAUCACUCCCUCGAUAUUUGCGCCUUACGAUAACGACGUCGUCGACGAAUUUACCCUCGGUCAAAAGCACCCUGAUGAUGCCCCUGGAAUCCUUCGAGACCAUUGGAAUAGCUUCUGCACAUGGCAGGAUUUCAAGAAGAUUGCCGAUGCGGGUUUCAACGUCGUUCGGAUACCUAUCGGUUUUUGGGCUUACGACAAUGCGAAUACUCCUUACGUGACGGGUGCUGCAGAGUACAUCGACGCUGCGAUAGAUUGGGCGAGAAGCUUGGGACUGAAGAUCAUCAUUGAUCUGCACGGCGCCCCAGGAUCGCAAAAUGGAUAUGACAAUAGCGGUCAGAGGAUGGAGAACCCGCAGUGGGGACAAGGAGACACAGUUUCGCGGACGCUGGGUGUCAUUCAAACCAUCUCCAACAAGUACGCUCAGUCAUCCUACCAGGACGUCAUCAUUGGAAUCGAGCUCUUGAACGAACCUCUCAUUUCCAAGCUUGAUUACAACACAGUCAGGCAAUUUUUCCGCGAUGGCUAUGGCAACGUACGAAAGAUCGCAUCCGGAGUGUCGGACACUCCUGUCAUCUUCCACGAUGGCUUCAACGCGCCAAACACAUGGAACGGAUUCUUGACACCUUCAGACGCCAACGCACAAAACGUAGCCGUCGAUCAUCACGAGUACCAGGUCUUCGACGAUACGCUGGUUGGUUGGCAGCCGUGGCAGCAUCGCCAGGCUGUGUGCAACAACGCUGCUUCGUACAACGGCGCGGACAAGUGGACUUUCGUUGGAGAAUGGACUGCUGCCAUGACUGACUGCGCCCCGCAAUUGAAUGGUGUCGGCGCCCGCUACGAUGGCACUUACCCCGGCAGCACCUAUUACGGCCCCUGCAACUGGCAAAACGACAUCGAUCAGUGGGACGAUUGGUACAAGGACCAAACCCGUGGCUACAUUGAGGUGCAGCUAGAGGCCUUCCUGGCCGUGACCCAGGGCUUCUUCUUCUGGAACUUCAAGACCGAGGGCGCAGCUGAGUGGGAUCUGUUCAGGCUGCUGGAUGCGGGUGUAUUCCCGAACCCGGUGAACGAGGUUUCAAGCAGAACAUGGGGAGAUCAGUGCUCCCAAUUUUAAGAAGCCGAUGAGGAGAUGGGGGGAUCUACGACUUUUCAAACGCCUUCCCGCAAGGAUAUCUAUCUUACGACCUUUUCCCCUCUAACGAGCACGCCCGGAUACGUCCAGCACACGACCAUAUCCACUUGCGACCCAAAUCACCCUCUCUUCCACGCACCCACCGUCGCAUUCGCACACGCACUUGGCAUUUCCGCACAAUCGCUAGACCAUCAUUAACGGCAUGUUUCCUCUUCACGCAAUCGUAUUCGGCAUCAAGCAACCAUUCAUUCUUCCGAUACCCAAACGGAGUGGGCGUAGUUA